AUGUUUAAUUGCGAUCAGUGUCCGUCAGUUUUCACCAUGAAACGCAAUUUGGUCGCACAUCAAAAAAAACAUAUGGGUGUACGUUUUCCGUGCACUGCUUGCCCAUUAACAUUCGCAUACAAAACCGGGCUCAACAAACAUAUGAAGAAUAUUCAUGGUAUCGUAAACGUUCCGGCUCAUUUGAGACCAAUACCCGCUGCGCCGAUCACCGCUCAACCAGCACGACCACCAAGCGUCAUACAGUUCGCGCCUCUUGCCGCUCCGCAGGGAGAUAUUCAAAUCGCGCCGCAGAUAUUUGUACCAGAUGUCCCGGCUGGUGGAUCGAAUGCGGUAUCCGACGAUGAUAUUAUAUGUAUGAACGCAAUGGACGAAUUUGAGGAUACAGGUUAG